CAUGUCUUCAUACGAAGACCAAUCUGGAGACAACUCGGAUCAGAUGUCUUUGGAUGUCAAAGACACACAAGAAGUACAGGAAGAAGAAGAAGAUGCGGACGAAGAGGAGUUAUCUGCGGAAUAUGUGGUCGGAGGCUAUCAUUGCGUCCAAAUCGGUGACACUUUUCGCAACAAUCGAUACCGAGUGAUCCGAAAGCUGGGUUGGGGUGCCUUCAGCACAGUGUGGCUCUGUCUCGACUCCAAGACUAGCGAUUACGUGGCCAUCAAAAUAGUCAAAAGUAAAAAGUCUUAUCAGGAAUCGGCUGAAGAAGAGAUCGAGAUGUUGUCGCAAAUACAACGAUCAGAUCCGACCGAUCCUUUCGCCCAAAGAGUGGUCCAGUUUUUGAAUCACUUCAAAAUACGCGGACCUAAUGGGAAGCAUCACUGUUUGGUGUUUGAAGUAUUGGGCGAUUCAUUGAUUAAAUACAUGAAAAAUUCGCACAAAAAAGGCAUUUCUAUGGAAAUCCUUAAGAUUAUUAUCCGUCAAGUAUUGCAAGGAUUGGAGUAUUUGCACACAAAAUGUCUGUUAAUUCAUACGGAUAUUAAACCCGAGAAUAUUCUGUUGACAACCGAUAAACGCCGAGUAAAGCGAUUGCAUUCACAAGUGAUUGAUAUGAUCGGCGUUUGCGGCGAAACUCAAUUGCCGACCAGUUUUGUGUCCACAGCGCCGGCAAAAGUGCUCAAGAAAUGUGAUACUUAUUAUAAGCAAAACAGAAGUGCAAGCCUUCAGAAACUGCUUAAAUUGAAUGUCAAAACCAAUGACAAUGACGUCAAUCACAACGUUUUAAACGAAGAAGACAUGAGUGAACUGUCGGUUAAACUCGCAGAUCUAGGAAACGCCUGUUAUGUGUACGAGAAUCACAACUCGACGAUUCAGACGCGUCCGUAUCGGUCGCCGGAAGUGAUAUUAGGCGCCGCAUUCGGUCCGUCGGCCGACAUCUGGUCGACCGCUUGUAUGGCCUUUGAAUUGGCGACCGGAGACAUACUCUUUGAUUCGCACCAAAGCGGCGACACUUCGCGCAACGAAAAUCAUUUGAAACUUAUUCUCGAACUCUUGGGUCCCAUUCCGAAGACCUCUCGCAAAGGCAUCGAUCAGAUCCGACCGAUCCUUUCGCCCAAAGAGUGGUCCAAUCACUGUUUGGUGUUUGAAGUAUUGGGCGAUUCAUUGAUUAAAUAUAUGAAAAAUUCGCACAAAAAAGGCAUUUCUAUGGAAAUCCUUAAGAUUAUUAUCCGUCAAGUAUUGCAAGGAUUGGAUUAUUUGCACACAAAAUGUCUGUUAAUUCAUACGGAUAUUAAACCCGAGAAUAUUCUGUUGACAACCGAUAAACGCCGAGUAAAGCGAUUGCAUUCACAAGUGAUUGAUGUGAUCGGCGUUUGCGGCGAAACUCAAUUGCCGACCAGUUUUGUGUCCACAGCGUCGGCAAAAGUGCUCAAGAAAUGUGAUACUUAUUAUAAGCAAAACAGAAGUGCAAGCCUUCAGAAACUGCUUAAAUUAAAUGUCAAAACCAAUGACAAUGACGUCAAUCACAACGUUUUAAACGAAGAAGACAUGAGUGAACUGUCGGUUAAACUCGCAGAUUUAGGAAACGCCUGUUAUGUGUACGAAAAUCACAACUCGACGAUUCAGACGCGUCCGUAUCGGUCGCCGGAAGUGAUAUUAGGCGCCGCAUUCGGUCCGUCGGCCGACAUCUGGUCGACGGCUUGUAUGGCGUUUGAAUUGGCGACCGGAGACAUACUCUUUGAUUCGCACCAAAGCGGCGACACUUCGCGCAACGAAAAUCAUUUGAAACUUAUUCUCCAACUCUUGGACCUCUCGCAAAGGCAUUUUGAAUUGGCGACCGGAGACAUACUCUUUGAUUCGCACCAAAGCGGCGACACUUCGCGCAACGAAAAUCAUUUGAAACUUAUUCUCGAACUCUUGGGUCCCAUUCCGAAGACCUCUCGCAAAGGCAAAAAUACUUCAACUCAAGCGGACGCCACUAACCUGUGUUUGCGUCUGGCGAUACGUUAUGGUGAAUUACUAAUGCUUACCGUAGGUAGCCACCGUGUUCUUAAGCGUGUUAAGAACAAUGGUUACGAACUUUACGAUUCCACCAAAAGAAUCACCGCUUCUCAAUGCCUCCGUCAACCACCGCUAUGCAAUACCACUUCAAUCGAUCAAAUAUUGAUCAAUGAUUACGAAUGGCAUCCAUCGGUGGCACAAGAAUUCGCACAAUUCUUGUUACCAAUGCUUGAAAUUGAUUCCACCAAAAGAAUCACCGCUUCUCAAUGCCUUCAUCACCCGUGGCUUAACAGC